GUUUGUACAGAAUAAUUAAUUAGCCAGUGAUUUGUUUCGGUAAUGGUUGCGCAUCUUUCGACCGGUCGCUAUCGUUCGCGUUUUGUGAGACCUUUUCGCUGGUAAUAUGGACGCAUCGAGUCAAACUGAGAGAAGCUCGUCGAUCCGCUCAAGUCCUAGACAGAGCGAGGCUCAAGAAAAAUCAACUCACACGAGUGGUUCAGUUCAGACGGACAGUUUCUCGCAAACAGACACUACGAAAAGAGAAUCGGAGGACAAAGGCGUGCCGGAUGACGAUCUCGAAGACGAAGAGGAGCCUCGAGUUUCAUUGGCGAUUUCCAGGAAGUCCGAGGAAAUAUUGUAUGAAGAAUACGAGACAGAAGAGGAAGGUGAACGUGAGAGGCGCGCGAGGAAACAGCAGACGAGAUCCAUCGUUGCACCUCACCGUAUUUUAUCUUUGGUGGACAAGUGGCGAGAAUGGCAGGUUAUUUCACUUACCUCUGUCGGAGAUCGUUAGAGGGCGUUCGUAAGGACAGGAAAAUGAAAAGAUCUCGAUUGACGUAGAGCGCGAAAAUAGCGUUGGCCAAGGAGAGAGCCGCAGCCAUGCCGGAGCCACCCCCUAAGGGGCGCAAACCGUCGCCGGAAACUGACGACGCCGACCCAGAAUCUAUAGACAUCAAGACGAAGAUGUUGAGGGACAUGCAAGAAGAGAUCCGAUUGGAACAAUUCAACGAUAUGCAAGGUGCAGAAAUGGACGCCGAGGAGGCAACGGUUCGAGCGAAACAGUUGCAGGAAACUAGGGACGUUCUUUCUCGGCAUUGGGCGGCGUACACGGAGGACGCGUUGAAUUUCGAAGCGCAAGAGAACUGGGACCGGUACAUGACUUGCGAUGGUCUCCCUGAUCCUGGAUCGUUGUCGGACAUGAACACGUUUCUGUACCUCUGGUCGACGAAGAAUGAAGAGGCCACUAUGAAUGGCAUGGAAGAAAAAUGCCGCAUAGUGACUCACGUAAUUUUCAUAAAAUAUUACAGCAUCGACGAUAAUCCCACUCGCGAAGACGCGAUACAAAUGUCAUUUUACUACCCGAUCGGCAGGAAAUCGAUCGAGGUGCAAUUCGACGAAAUGGAGUUGAGCAUCAAAAUGCCGUCGGACAUGGACUGCUAUCGCAUGGCUAUCAGGGGUCUCUGGCUGGCUUACGAUCACUACUCGGUCAGGGCGAAUUCUUAUCGGAUGCCCGAGCUACCGGAGCAUCUGACAAAUUUAUGGGACCCCUCCCUCGAUCUGCUGGACUUCGCGGUUAGGGAGUACGAGGAAAUAGUUCGGAUACGCGAGGAGCAAGCGGAGGAACGCAAGCUGCGCCUAGAAGAGAAGAAAGCGAUAUUAGAAAAAAUGGAGCACCCCACGUUGUCUCCCAGGUUAGAUAGAAAGAGGAGGCGGGGUAGAAUAGCUAGGAAACCUCAAACACCUCAGGCAGAAUUGGAAAACAUUUUGUCGGCGGUAAUUCCUUCGAAAGCGCAGAUGUUACCGUAUUUGCCGACGCCGAAGGAAGUCGUUCGUCACAAAGAGGAAGACAGUAGGCUGGAAAUUAGAAGAGUUCUGUUCACUCGGUGCGAGAUCACUGAAGUGAACUUGCGCAAGUAUAGAAUCCUCGGGGGCGUCUUUCACGUGGACCUUCUCUAUCAGCCGCCGCAGCCGAAAGAUCUGGGCCAGGACACUCAGCUGACGACUCUCGAAUUGCCGAAGGAGCCGAAGUUCGUGCCGUUCGUCAGAACUUACGAAACGCCUCAGCCAGCGCCUGACGCGGAGAGAACGCCGGAAGUGAUUGAGGCCGAGAUGAAAGCCCUCGAGCAAGCGAUGGACGCGCUCGUUCUCAUCAAUCUUAAGUUGCCCGAGUCGGUCUUAUGGUUCGAACCACCGAUGAUCGCGCAUUGGAUUCCGGAGAAGAAUAUGUGGUCGACGAAAUACGUGCACGACGUGAAGUACAACGAGGAGAAGCAGACGAUCGCGUUUCGGACUGGCCGUUUGGGUAUUCAUGGACUGGCUGUCUACAAGUUCGCGAAUCUACCGUUUCAGAGCUGGGAGAUGAAGCCGGAAACGGGCAAAGCUGGACGGGAGCACGGCGGUGUUGUACUUACCAUAACGGCAGCCACCGUUCAAGCAGAAUUCGUAACUAGGGAAGAUCGAGUCUGUUUGAACUCGUUCACCGGCACCGGUAGUGGACCCCUGAAAGGAAUCCUCGGCGAGUACAUGGAGUUAGAAUCCCUGAUCGUGCGAUUGCAACAGGUUGGAUGCGACCUGUUUCCGGAACGGGACGCAGCCAGUUACUUGAAAGGAUUUUCGAUGAAGCACCCGUUCGCCGAGAAACACUUGAGGAAUUGCAUGGCCCUGCUGUCCACCUCUUACGUUUUCUCCUGGUCGCGAUGGAACGCGGCGCGCGACUUCAGAGACAUUAUACUGCUGUUCAAGGAGGUGCAUGGUUGCGUCGCUAAAGAGCGUACAAGUUUGACGCUUCUCGUAUCUCCUUCGAGGACCAUGCGCAUACGAUGUACAGAAGUUAGUCCGGAGUUCUCAGACUUGCCACUCGAAGAGGAAGACGAUACUAAAUUUUACGCCGACCUGUAUCAGUUAGCGUUGCACACAGCCGGCAUCAAGACACGAUUAUUGAUGGAACGGAUCUCAUACAAAUUAGUAGCAACCAUUACACGUCUCCUCGAACGCACCAACGUAAUCAACAUGUCCUCAUAAUCGAUAAUUUAUUAAAAAAAAAAAAAAAUCACAGACGACAUAUACGUAAAGAAAGAAGAGUUAGGGAUUAAUAAAUCGAAACGUUCCUUUCCCAAACGAAAUUCACUUUAUUCGGAUAUACAACGUAUGUCGAGCAUCAAGCAAUUAUUCA